AGCUGUGUGGAGUAGCCAGACCCUCUUUCAACGCGCUUUGGAGGAGGGUCUGGAAAAGCAAGACCAUUUCUCCAAUGACUGUCUGAUGACACAAAUGCGACCUCAUUACCUCUCGUGUGACUUCAUGCUAUAACUCAUUGUCAAAGGUUAAAUAAUGGAAACUUAUUAUAGUGGGAUUGAAUGUUAAAACACGUCUCACCCCUUAAUUCCAGCUGUAGUAGAUUUUUAUUUAUUUUUUAUGUUUUUGUACAUUUAACUUCACAAAAUGCAGUUAGGUUUCGGUCAGAGUUCAUUUCAACAGCUUCUCUCCAUGUAUUUGAUUUGCAGACUGUUCUGUAUGUUCCAACCAGGCUUCACUGAGACAAACUUUCUUACCUCACAGAUACUUGUGCUGGGUGUCUUCAGAGGACAUAACCUCACAUGUCAUCCAACAGAGUAUCGGAACGAGGAUCAGUGCUGCCCUACAUGUUCUAUUGGAAGUCGAGUUAAAAAACAUUGCACAGAGUUCAGAAGUACUUCUUGUCUGGAUUGCGAUGAGGGAACAUUUAUGAAUCGUCCUACAGGUCUUACAGAAUGUUUUCCCUGUGCACGCUGUGAUUCAGGUUCUGGUUUAAAGAUAAAGACAGCAUGUACGACUAAAUCAGAUACAGUUUGUGAACCACUGGAGGGAUUCUACUGUCUGUUCUAUUCAGGAAACAGCUGUGUGGAAGCACAGAAACACAGAAGCUGUCAACCAGGACAAUAUAUCAGCCAAAAUGGAACAGCAUUAAGGGACACUGAGUGCUCUGACUGCAGAGAUGGAACAUUUUCUGAUGGGACAUUAUUGACAUCGUGUCAGCCACACACACAAUGUCCAUCAUUGGAUCUUCAGCUGAUAAAACCAGGAACUGCUUCAACAGAUGCUGAAUGUGGAGAACACAGUUCAGGAGCUGUGAUCGGUGCCGUUGUCGGGGGGCUUGUGACCUGUUUAGUCGGACUCGCAAUAGCUCUGUUUUUGGUGUGGCGUCUCAAAAAUAAGAAAGACACAGGAGGGGAAGGAAAUGCAGACAAUCCCCAACAGUACUUCAAAAAUAAUAAACAUCCACAUGAAGAAGAAGAACAGCUACAGGGUCUGGCUGUGAUAAAUAAACCCAGAGACCGUUCAUCGGACCCAUCAGAGGGGAGUUCCAUGUUCGAUAAAAUCUAGUUGGAUGCUGACACAUUGUAAGUUGUACAGAAAUGAAUCGGUCCAAGGUGAAUUUUGGACACUGUGCUCCAAAGUGAACAUCUGCUGGUCUGCAGCCUGCAUCACUAUCUUCCAGAGAUGUUACUGGACAGAGACUAGUCAGUCUGGAAUAACAGCUUGGAGCAAGUCCCGGACUAAGUCUGUAACGGCUCCAGGCUCUUCACUCAGAACUUCUGCUCCAUCUCUCUCACCUGGACAUUUUGCUGCUUGUACAGUGAGCUCUCCUUGUGUGGAACUCCUUAAAGGCCAACAUGUUCCCAUCCCUGUCAUUCCAAGCCACAGAUCACCCAGACAUCAUGUGUCUGAAGGCAGGUAUCAUCAGAGAGCUAACACCUGGCCCCCCUGCCCCCCCGGCCUCUUGCCUCUACUGAAGCCCCUCCUCACCAAGCUUCUGUCAGGACGGCUCUGCUCAACGCUCGCUCCCUUACCAACUAGACAUUUCUUCUCAAAGAUUUGUAGGGAAAAUUUUGAUUUUCGGAUCUUUACUAAAACAGAGUAUUGGUCCAUCAUUGAACUUUGUCCUGCAGACUUUAACUUCAUCUAGGACACCGAGGCUGUCAGGCCGUGAUGGUGGUCUGGCAGUGAUUUUUAGAAAUGGUGUAGAAAUCGGUUGGCCUCUCAAAGUCCAACCCCACGUCCACUUCGUGAGAGGCGGUAACAGCUGUAAGUACGGGAUUGCAGGUACGGGUGAAGUAUGGAGGGAGGCCACCCGAGCCAUUACGGUAGCCGUGAAGGCCUUCCUGGAGCCACCCAGAAACACGCUGGCAAACGGGGCUCCGGUGAAGCUAGGUGGGCCAAUCACCCGCAUAGUGGAUAAACAUGAUUACAGAAACAUUCAUGGAUAACAUUCAGCAAGGUUUGGAAGUAGAAGGUGUCUCCCCCCAGACAAAUAUGACGCUGGAAAACUCAAGCCGGAAGCACGUUGUUCAACCAAAAACAAUCCAAAGAUAGGCUCAUGGAACGUUAGAACAAUGUACCAAGCUGGUAAAGCAUCUCAGAUAGCAGUGGGAAAGAAUCAGUCCAACCUGUCCCUAACAGGACUCAGUGAAACUAGGUGGACUCAAUCAGAAAAUACUCACCUUUCUAGUGGAGGAACAAUAAUAUAGGUGGGACAUGACCAGGAUAAUGCCCCACAUACAGAGGGAGGAAUUUCUUGAUAUUACUGAGCUUUAUGGUGUGGGAUUGAGUUCCACUCUCUUGACCUUCUGAUGGACCAAGCUGACUGACUGAAAGAACUUUUCUGCAACGAAAUAACCUAACCUUCCCUCUCUCUCCCCUUGUGACAUGAUCAGUAUCUUUUCUUCUGUUUAUGUAAGCAACAAGCUGCGAUGGAGCUAGGUUAUAAAUGACUUUAUAUACCAAGCACACCUUUACAUAUUUCAUUAGGUCUUUCCAGCUUAAAAUCUAGGUUUCAGUGUGCGGGGAUACUCUGGACUUAGUUUUUUCACACUGUUUUACUAUGAUCAUAAGUGUGUUCUUUAUAAUUUGUCUUGUUUUAUAGAUCUUAUUCCCCAUAAACAUUUUUUUUGCAGGCG